GUCGGUGGUGAAAAAUGUUGAAACUUUGUUUAUUUAUGCUUGUAAUUAUUAACAACGGUGCCGCGGAAUCUUCAACAACCUGUUUGAGUAUUUACAAACAUGGUGGAGCUCCGGCCGUGUUCCGAUCUCCCAAUUGCCCUCUUUGGAAUCGCCGAUCCUUAUCCUCCUCCUCCAGUCGUUGCCACAUGGCGGCGAUUCAAGGUCGGAGGAAAUACCAGGAGGAUCGUCUUCUCUGCGCUCUUGAUCUUCGCAUUCCCUUUCCCGGCAAGAAGACUGGAACACCAACGGAUGUUGUGGUUGGAAUCGCCGCUGUCUUUGACGGCCACAAUGGUGCAGAAGCCAGUGAGAUGGCUUCACAACUUUUGUUGGAUUAUUUUGCUCUCCACACUUACUUUCUCCUCGACGCCACUUUUUCCAAGGAGCUCUCUGGAACGCUACCAAAUCCUCUCAUGCAUCUAUACGACCUCAAUUUCCAAAGGUUCCAAGAUUCAUCGCCGCUCAAUUUUGGUGAUUCUCUUCACUUGGAUAUUCUGAAAGAAGCCUUGCUCAGAGCUAUCCACGAUAUUGAUGCAACAUUUACUAAGGAAGCAUCUAACCGAAAGUUGGAUUCAGGUUCAACGGCCACAGUUGCACUUACCGCAGAUGGUCAACUACUGGUUGCUAGCAUCGGUGAUUCUAAGGCACUUUUGUGUUCCGAAAAAUUUGAGACUCCUGAAGAGGCUAGAGCUACUUCAAUAAAGUUGUACAGAGAGCGUAAGCGCAAUCGAGACUCUUCCUCAUCAAGGUUCUCUGAUUUUAAGCUGGAACAUCGCAAUGGACUCAUACGUUUUAUUGCCAAAGAAUUGACUAAGGACCAUCACCCAGAUAGAGAGGAUGAAAUGCUCCGCGUUAAAGCUGCAGGAGGUUAUGUCACUGAGUGGGCCGGUGUGCCACGGGUAAAUGGUCAGCUGGCCGUCUCCCGUUCAAUUGGUGACCUUACUUAUAAAAGUUACGGUGUCAUCUCUGCACCUGAGGUGAUGGACUGGCAGCCUCUACUGGCUAAUGACAGCUACUUGGUAGUGUCAUCUGAUGGUAUCUUUGAGAAGUUAGAGGUGCAAGAUGUCUGCGAUCGUCUGUGGGAAGUAAAGAAUCAAACUAGCUUUGGAGCAGGAGUGCCUUCAUAUUGCUCAGUUUCUUUGGCAGACUGCUUGGUUAAUACUGCCUUUGAGAAGGGAAGUAUGGAUAAUAUGGCUGCAGUCGUGGUUCCUCUACAAUCCAAUAUAGACUGGCAGAGCCAACCAAAAGAGCAAUAUGUGGGUGGCAACAUAGAUGAGUUUGCUUCGGGAUUGCAGAUGAAGAAUACAUAUGCACUGCCAUAUAGAACUUUUGGUGCAUUGCAAUUGAAGCAGGCUCAACCAGUUCCAACCAUGUUUAACGAGUUAUUGGUAUGUUCCCAAGAAAUUACAAAACAAAUGUGUAAAGCUAACUCGAGAAGCUUGUACUAUCGGCCAGGGAAAGGGUACAAGUUAAUAAUAAAAUUGGUCAACCUUGUAAUUGUAGGUUGAAGUAGAAAACAAGAGCUUUCAUGUGGCAGAGAACCUAAAUGCAUCAUAUGGGUGAGUUGCAUACUGGUAGCCUCUUCCGCUUCAUUCUCUGGAAGUGAAGUGACUGACUACUAUCACCUCGUUGUAAUCUUGUUUUCGUGGAUCUAAUGCACUAACAUUCAAUUACAACUCAUACCUUGUAGGUGCAUCUAAUUUUUUUUACCAGGAAAAUCAAGAUUACUGAACUAAUCAUGAAAGCUAAGCUAGGACCAAAUAUGUGUGCAUUCUUUUCUUAUAAUUGAAGUCGUUAAUGUU